AAUGCGUAAAAACAAUUUAUUAAAAUCAUUCAUCACUAAAUCAAUUAGAUAAUUUGCAUCAGAAAAAUUUGUACCAUUCAAUUUUAAAGAUCCUUUAAACUUAGAAAGUUAAUUAACAAGUGAAGAGAAGCUUGUAAAUUAAAUCAUUAUUUAUUAAGAUUAGAGAUUAAGCAGCCAAUUAUGCACAAUCAUAAUUAUAGCCAAGAAUAAAAGAGGCUUUUAGUAAAGAACAUUUCGAUCCAGAAAUAUAUAAAGAGAUGGGAAAAUUGGGAUUUUUAGGAUGCACAAUUUCAGAAUAUGACCUUUCUGGAGUUUCUUAUACUGCAUAUGGUUUAAUAAAUAAAGAAAUUGAGCGUGUGGAUUCUGGUUAUAGAUCUGCUCUUUCAGUAUAAAGUUCAUUGGUGAUACAUCCAAUAUAUUAAUUUGGAUCAAAGGAAUUGAAAGAUAAAUACAUUCCAAAAUUAGCUAGUGGAGAAUAUGUUGGUGCUUUUGGUUUAACUGAACCUGAUCAUGGUAUAUUAGUAAAUGUAAUUGAUUUAUAGGUUCUGAUCCUGGUUCAAUGAAGUCUCAUGCAAAGAAAAAAGACAAUUAUUAUAUAUUGAAUGGUACUAAGAGUUGGAUCACAAAUUCACCAAUAGCUGAUGUAUUUGUGGUUUGGGCAAAAGAUGAAAAGGGAGAUAUAAGAGGAUUUGUAUUAGAGAAGGGAAUGAAAGGUCUAUCUACACCAAAAAUAGAAGGAAAGUUAUCUUUAAGAUCUUCAAUAACAGGAUAGAUUAUUAUGGAUAAUGUUAAAGUUCCAUAAGAAAAUAUGUUUACAUCAGUAAAAGGAUUGAAGGGUCCAUUUUCAUGUUUGAAUAAUGCAAGAUUUGGAAUUGCAUGGGGAACUUUGGGAGCAGCUGAAUUCUGUUUUCAUCAUACACGUUAAUAUGCUUUGGAUAGAAAAUAAUUUGAUGCAAAUUUAGCAUCUUUCUAAUUGAUUUAAAAGAAAUUUGCUGAAAUGGUUACUGAUAUUGCUUUAGCUUAAUAAGCAGUAUUAUAAGUGAGUAGAUUGAAGGAGAAUGAUCAAUUAGCAACAGAAUAGGUUUCAUUAAUUAAAAGAAAUUCAUGUGGUAAUAAAAAUGAUUAUUAUAAUUGAUUAGCAAUUGCUUUAAAGAUAGCAAGAGAAUGUAGAGAUAUUAUGGGUGGAAAUGGAAUUAGUGAUGAAUAUUAAGUGAUUAGACAUAUGGUUAAUUUGGAGACAGUUAAUACAUAUGAAGGAGCAUCAGAUGUUCAUGCAUUAAUUUUAGGUAGAGGAAUAACAGGAAUUUAAGCAUUUAGUAGAGCAUUGUGAGU